CGCGCGUACAUGCAGGCGCGGCUCGAGGGCGCCCCCGGCCCGCUCGUCCCUCGCUCCGCCUCGAACGGCUGGUCCACGUCGUGGAAGAAGUUCAUGAUCGAGCUGUCGCACCUCUCGGGCGGCGUCUUCCUCUACCCGUCCUUCCCGAACCAGUCCUCCCUCUCGACCAACCACCUCGAGAAGGGCGAGCACAUCGGCGGAAAGAAGAACAAGCUGACGCACCGGCCGAUCGAUUUCACCGUCCCUCUGCUGCUCAACCUGUCCGACCUCCGCCAGCUCUGGCCGCCGCAGCCGCUCGACGCGCUGCCGGUCCGCGACCUCUUCACGCGCCCCACCCGACGCAGCGAGCUCCAUGCGCGCGGCAUCGAGGCCAUCGCCGCGCACCGCGGCGUGUGGCGAAGCCACGCGCGCGAGGCGGCGGCGCCAGCACUCCGCCUCGACCGCAUCCUCGAAAGGCUGCUCCCGGCGACGACUGCGCCGAGAUGAGAGCAUAAACAAAUAAAUAAAAACGGACACCUCACUGUGAGA